UCCGGCACCAGUUGAGUCAAAAUUUACCUGUAUGGCCAAAUUGUUGGAUAUAUCACCAGAGGUGAAAGGCGGAGGGGGUGUCUACAAGAAGGCAAUGGACGGAGAUUUAAGGGGGAAGCUUCAAUCAGUGUUCGAUGUAUGUGAUGUUCAAAAAGAGGGCUAUAUAACUGUUGAUCACUUCAAAAAUUUGGCCAAAGAACAUUUCGGAGCCGAUAGCGAUGAGAAUGUAGUUGGAAUUGUACAGAUUCUCGAUCCAGAAGGAAAAGGAAAGAUUAAUUUUGACGAUUUCUGCCAAGGUGUCAACCAGAUACUUGAGCUUCAGCCACAGACACCUGUCGGAACUGACCUCCCCAAGAGCCCGUUUGACCUGUCCACAAGAUUUGCCAAUAACGGAAUAGGAGAGCUGCUGGGAGACAUAUCCCCCACUGAGUGUAAGGAAGUGUCGGAUGCAAGUGCAUAUACCUUUAACGAGUACGAUACAAAUACUGACGAAGAUGGAGUCGGCCUGUUGAUAGACUUCUCCACUCCUGAACCAGAACGCAAGGACCUCCAUCAAUUGUCUUAUAACAGCCAAUUAGAUUGUACAGACGAAGAAAAUUUUGAAGAUUUCGGAGAAGCAGAUGACCUAGAAUCUGACACAUCAGAUCAUCUUAGUCAUAACAAGAGCUGUGAAAACUGUCACAAGAUCCGCAGUAAGAGGGGAGUGAACUAUCGGGAGAAGCACCAUCGCCGCAGCUCCUCAGGUGUCAGCCGACGUUCAGUUGCAGCAGCCUUACACAAUAAUAACCACUUUCCACCCAAAAGUCGAAGCCCUGCACCGGACGACGAAGUGCUUGCCGAUAUUGACGGCAGUUUUAACCAUCUUAACGAUAAAGUACAAUCCCUGGAGAAUCAGAUUUUACAGUUAAACGAAGAGAAAAAGAACUCCUUUUCAUUACAGACUAAGUUUAAAGACGACAACAGCAUCCUCAUCGAAAGGGUGCAUUCUUUAGAAGAACAGCUGAAGGACGUGGAGAUAAAGUCUGAUGAGCGAGUCUCUGACGAGCAAAGGAAAUAUAAGGAUAUCAUGUCUCGGAAGGACAGGGAGAAGUCGGACGAGAUGGAGUACAUAACAAGAAGGCUCCAAACUUUAGAAAGCGAAUGUGAUCAUCUGAAGCAAGAAAAUCCUAAAUUACGGUCCGACGUCGAGCGGUUACGAAAUGAAAAAAGAGAGCUCCAUGAAAAAUUGUCUGAAUCACAGCUUGACUACAAUACCUUGGCAAGUGAACAUGAAGAGUUUAAAAGGCGAUCCGACAGGGAGCGGGAAACAACAGGCCAGUUACUAGAUGAGUUAGGGAAGGAACUUGGAGAACUUCGGCAGUACAAAAUUGAUAUGGAGAUGCAUCGACCCCGAGGGGACAGCCAAGGCGAGUUGCCGGGACGCUACCACGCCCUUCAGACAGAAGUGUCAAGGUUAAAAGAGGAGAACAAGGCCCUCCAUGACACAAACGAGGACCUGAGUGCCCAGCUACUCACCAAUUGUUUGGAAGAAGGACGCGCGCUGGUCAACAACAAGGAGCAUUCCCUGGCUGCAGAACUCGACCAUCUCACCAAGGAGGAGUUGAUGGCCAAGUUGAGAAAGCAGACAGACAUCAACAUUCGACUGGAGGCGUAUGUAGACCGGAUACUUGUACGGAUAAUGGAGAUGAACCCCACCCUGCUGGAAAAUGUGCAAUAUUAUGAUUUGGUAAUAACUCUAGAAAGACAAGAUAUACUGCAAAAGUAUACGUCUGCAAAGAAAUUUGAAACCUCAGAAUGCAUCAGCGGCGUGACGAUGUUUAAAUUCUUGAAAAGGCAUCCGCCGAAGGAUAGUGAAGAACGGGAAAAAUUAAAGAAGGAAUUGUUCGGAUACCGUCGGUGUCUUGAUCAUGGAUUUCCCAGUAAGCCAUCAUGCAUGGCUCAUGACCCAAAGCUUCGACUGCUGGCUGUUGGAACGAAACAGGGAAUUAUCAAAGUUUAUGGACAGCCAGGUGUGGAGCUUACAGGUGAAUUGAUGAGUGAUGCCACAGUCAACCAAUUGUUUUUUCUCAACGAAGAGGGGCGACUGGUAGCAGUGUGCAGCGACAACACCAUCUAUUUGUGGGAGAUCAACGUGAAAAAGGAGAAAACCGUUCUAGAGAAUGUUAAAGAAUUUGUCUUUGGAGUAGAAGAAGGCAAACCUAAGAACAUAUCAGUAUGCUGUUUGACAAAGGAUGGCAAGUGUCUGUUGAUAGGCACCGAGGAGGGCAACAUCUACAUGCUCAACCUACAGACAUUCAAACUCAUGGAGCAGAUCGUCUACCAAGACGUUGUCAUGCAAAAUGUGCCAGAUGACUUCAAAGUAAACCCUGGUGCAGUGGAAACCAUUGCUAACCACCCCACAAAUCCUGACAAGUUCCUGAUCGGCUACAAUAGAGGGUUGAUCGUGCUGUGGGACAACAAGGAGUGCAAUGCUGACCAGACCUACAAUGCUACACAGCAACUUGAGUCCGUAGCCUGGCACAGGAAUGGUUCUGAGUUCAUCAGCGCCCACAUCGACGGUAGCUACAUCAAGUGGAAGUCAACCGACUCCUCGGAACCCAAGGAAGCUGCCCUUACCCCCUACGGUCCGUUCCCAUGCAAGGCCAUCAGCAAGAUCUGCUGGAAGACGGCAAAGAGUGAUCCAUUCAUCAUAUUCUCUGGUGGGAUGCCGAGGGCUAGUUACGGAGACCGUCACACCAUCAGCGUGAUGCAGGAGAAUUCUAACAACCACAUUGUGUUUGACUUCACUUCCAAAGUGGUUGAUUUUCUGACCCUCUCACGGGCUGAUGAGAACGAUACCAGUGAGGAUAGAGAUGAGAAUGAUGAGCCCCACACAUUGGUUGUACUGGCCGAGGAGGAGAUUGUCCUUAUUGACCUGGACUCCAACAACUGGCCAACGUUCCGCCUGCCCUACAUGAACAGCUUGCACUGUUCUGCCAUUACCUGUUCCCAGCACAUCGGUAACAUCCCCAACCAACUCUGGCAGAAAAUCGUGGAUGCCGGAGAAGCUCAGAUGGAAAGCCUGUCAAAGAGAGACUGGCCGAUAAAUGGUGGAAAACUUGAGGGAGCAGAAGGGUCGACCAAAGACUUGAUGUUGACUGGUCAUGAAGAUGGUACAGUGAAAUUCUGGGAUGCAUCUGGUACCUCGAUGAAGAUGCUGUACAAACUGUCCACAUGCAGUAUAUUUAACGUGGACAUCCAUGCUGGUGGUGACAGCAAUGGUGAAGUUGAGGAGGAGUGGCCUCCCUUUAGGAAGGUUGGUAACUACGACCCAUUCAGCGAUGACCCAAGACUCGGAAUACAGAAAAUGUCGCUUUGUCCACUCAGCGAGACGCUGGUUAUUGCAGGCACAGCUGGUCAAGUGGUCAUCCUACAGAUGGAGCGAGAAGAACGUGAACAUGAGAUAGAGACGGUUAAGGUCAACAUUGUGAGUGACCGCGACAGUUUUGUCUGGAAGGGCCACGAGGCCCUACCCCAACGGGAAGGAGAUGUAAAAUUUGCUGCAGGAUUCCAACCUACAAGUGUAAUGCAGGUGUACCCUCCAGCUGCGUGUACUGCUCUGGCCUUCAACUCGGAAUGGCAGCUAGUGGCAGCUGGUACAGCCCAUGGCUUCGGUCUGUUUGAUUACUCUCAGAAGAAGGAAGUGUUGGUCCGCUGUACACUUAACCCUACAGACAUGACUGGAACAUCAGACACACCUAUGUCCAGGAGAAAGUCCCUAAAGAAGUCCUUGAGAGAAUCAUUCCGUAAGCUGCGACGGGGACGUUCACAGAGGCGCGAGAAACCAAAGAAAGAUGAGAAAACUGAGGAAAAGACCACAGGUAUAGAGGAGACCCAAGCAGAAGGUGCCACCAGUCGAACAUCUCCGGCAGCAUCCCCCGAGCCGCGCCCGGUGGAGCGAGCAGUUGAAGCUCGCAGCACGGAGGACUCCAUGGCCUCCAUGGUCAGGUGUCUGUACUUCGCAGACACAUUCAUCACACAUGGUGCUGGAAACACACCGUCACUCUGGGUUGGCACAAAUGGCGGACAUGUCUACAUAUACAGCAUAAGUGUACCGACAGAGAAGAGGUCAGAGACUGAUGUCACAUCCGUACUAGCAAAGGAAAUCAAGCUUCGUCACAAAGCCCCAGUUAUUUCCAUUGGUGUGGUCGACAGCCGGGCCCGAAGCCUUCCCGACCCACUAGAGGUUCAGCAUGAGCGAGCCAAGGCUCCAGAAAUGUCAGGCCAGCAUUCCGUGGUUAUUUGCUCCGAGGAGCAGCUCAAGAUCUUCUCACUACCCCAGCUGAAGGCUAAGUCGAAGUUCAAACUCACCGCUAUCCACGGCUCCCGAAUCCGCAAAGUGGCUUUUGUCACAUUUAGAAGCAGAAGCGAUGAGAAUUACACCGAAAAUGACAUUGCCUGCCUUAGUAACCAAGGAGACCUGAGUGUAUACUCCAUCACAACACUACGGGAACAAUUAAUGGCUUCAGCCCUACGCAGAGAAGAUAUCAAUGGUAUUUCAUCGUUUACCUUUACAAAGCAAGGCCAGGGCUUUUUCUUGAACUCCCCGUCAGAAUAUAUCCGUGUAACACUGUCAUCACGGUAUGUGGCGGAUUCUAAUUGUGAUGUAGAGUUAAAGGAGGGCAUGAGACCCGAACCUGAACCUGAACCAGAACCAGAACCAGAACCAGUUUUACAAGUUGCUCCUGUGGCUGAAGCUGCAGAGGGCGCUGCUGAAGGUCAAACAACACAGGAAGAGGAAAAACAAGGAGAGGGCCAGAAUCUAGCGAGUCAACAGCAGUACAACAGUGGAGACAUCGCUGAGGCUCUCAGCGACUCUAUGUUGAUGAACGACUCGCGGGCAGAUACCACAAUAGAAGGGGAGAUAACACAAGACAGUAUACAAGUUAUGGAGACGCUGUCCAGUGAAGUGACCUCUGAGGUCCACUCCAGUUCUGUUGUCGAGACGACAACCACAACAGUGGCUGAGGUGUCACACACCGCAUCCUCUGUCGUGGAAACCCUAACCACCGUUUCAUCUUCAACCACAGAGGAGAUUACCACACAAGUAAAUAACAUAGACGACGACACGAAAGCGACACAGCCAGGUGUGGAGGAGAUUGAUACAUCAGAUAAAUUGAAGGAACUGAAGAUAACUGAAGAUGUAGAUGAAACCCUGAUCGCCAAGAAAGUGGCACAGGAAGCUGAUACCAUUGUGGACACUGCUGUCGCAAGUUAAAUUCAGGAGUUGUCCCCCUUUGCAAUACUCUCCUCUGGGUGAGACAGACAGACAGACUGUGGUAUCAGGGCAGCUGGGACCAAGAGAGUGGACGCUUUUACAGUAUUCUGCAGCACUGAUAGUAUGGAUAUUUCUUGUUAUCUCGAUCCAGUAGAUGACCGGAACAUGACAUUGAUAUCGGAUGAAAUUCUUUAUAAGACAUGCUGACGUAGUGGCAAGCCUGUUGAGACGACAGGCAGAACUUUCUUACCUGUUGAACAGCCUGUGACCUUGGAUUUCAAAGACUGUAAUUCAAUUGGAUUUAUUUCAACGUUUAUAUCGCUCUUUUAUGAAGUGUGGGUAUUAAUGAAGUCACACAUAUUUCCUGAGAUUAAAUGACAGCGUGUAACUGUGUCCGUGACAGACAUUGCUCACCUUUGCAAAUACAGCUUUAAAAGAAGGAUGGUGUUUUAUGUAUGAUCAAUAUAAAUGUUUUUUGAUCUGUCGGGGGGGAUUAUCUCUUUCUCAUCUAUAACAUAAAGAUGAACACUGUCAAAUUCAAGUUGUUUUUAUCUCCAUACGCUCAUAUAAUCAAACCUUAAAUUAUUGCGUAAAUGUUCUAUAUAAUAUUUCCUGGUAGUUACUAUGGCGAUUAAAGCAGUAUAGAACUGUGAUCAGUGUGUCAUACAAUGGCUGGGGGAUGUGGACUGCUUCCAUUUUGAAACGUAAUGUAAGGUUUUGUAAACGUUGCAAAUCAGUAACAAAUGAUUGUAAAUUAUGCAAAUUUUUAUUUUAUACAAUAAUUUCCUUUUCACAGCUUCUUUGGUUAUUGCUCUUUAUGUUUUAUGCAUUUUUAUGUGUAAUAGUGCAAUUUAUGUUAAGGAGUUCUUAUAGAUAGCUCGAGUCCUAGAAUAGGCAGCACAAGAAAUGCCAAGUAAAGGGAGGAAAACAGAAGAAGAUGAAUGCUGAAAGCAUACUUGUUUUAGUUUCUGAUAUUGGCAUACUUUCUGGCAUUAAAUUACUGGUAUCUGGCCCUAGUUUCAUAAAUGUGCGUAAUUAACCUCCUAAAGAACCUAAAGAAAUUCUUUUUAGUUUUUUCUUUAAAAAGCGUUGCAGGAAUGAAGAAAAUAUUCUUUUUAAAGAUUUUUUACAUUCCAGUGCUUUUUAUGCUUUCCAAUUGGAAUUCCAUUACAUCGAGGGAUUUCCUUACAUUCAGGUAGGGACAUUACUGAAGCUGGCCAGGUCCAAUAUAAGGAAUAUCGGUCGAUAACUAUAGUGCUGUUAUGUAGUUCAUUAUUGCACACUACUAAAACAAGUGUGUUUUCAGCAUUUUUAAGGACAUUGUAACAAAACGGAGUGUUGUUUGUGUUUGUGUAUAGACUUGUACAGUUUUAGAUGAAAUAUGUGAUAGUUUAUUUAGAGUGUUAAAUUCUCUGCUACUAGACAUGUGUUAAGCAAUAUAUUCUAACGUCGUGAAAAUCUUUAACCAACAAAGUGAAAUAUUACAUGUUUAAAAUGAAAACGUUUUGCUAUCAGAGUGACUCUUUGUCAAAUUCCUUAAUUUUGUUUUUUGAAAACAUUUAUAUCAUAUCUUACUCUGGAUUUGUAAUACAGUUUACACAGUGUGCAUUAUAAAAUAUAUACAAGGUGUUUAUUUAAACCAAGUUUCUCAUUUAAAAAACUUGCAAAUAUUGGUUGAAUUAAAUUGAAAUAAAUAGAUUUUAGGAAAUUUGAAACUGAUUUUUAUAACCUGAAAAGCAAUGGAUAUUUGUUAAAGGGUAGUACACUUUUAUUAGCAAAAACUUAUUCAUUUAUAUGCAGCGUGAAGUUGUAAAUAGUACUAACAGUAGAUUUGUUACAUGUAACUUCUGGCUUGGGUAAGAUCAUUCUCUAUGUGUUCAGAUAGUUAUGGGAGGGAUGAAAUGGUUGUGAAUUGUUUUUAAAGUCAAGCUGAUUUGGAAAUAUUGUUGGCAUAAUACUGUGUGAUGGUAGUUAGUUAUUUCUACAGUAGGUGAAUGUAAAAACAAAAAGAAAUCAUGAAAAAGAAGAUUUUUACUCUGUGAUUGGCAGGUUUUUUUGGGGCUGUCGAUAAUUGUGAACCCCCGUCCUCUUUAUUGGUACAGAAAGGUUGUAUUUGUAUGAUCUCCUCAUGUGUUCCCUUUACCAUUGUGAUUUUUUUAAUCCAAAGCUUAAGUGAUUUUGAAACUGUAGACUCGGAAGUUUUCGUGAAGGAAUCAAUAAUUCGCAGAUAGGUGAACAUCAUUGUAUGAUUUGAAUUUAAAUCUUAGUACUUAAAGCUCGCCCACUACCGGUAAAAUGAAGCUGAAACGUAUCAGAUUGAAAUGUUUCUCAAACCAAGUCAAGAAGACAGUAGUUAUAUAUAAGAUAAAAAUAUUUAUCUGUGUGGCAUGAAAAGCUCGGUUUCUACAGUAAAAUACCAUUUAUUUGCCUUAUCAAUUGUUGAAUACAAUUUUAUACAUUGUGCUUGUGCCUCGCUGUUUGUGACCCGUUAAAGGAUGGAGACUUGCCUGUUACUGUUGUGUUAUGAUGCCCCUGCGUUUUGAGGGUUUAAGGAGUAGGGUUUAUUUUUCUCACUAGUGUAUGUAUGUUAUGUAAUCAAAUGACCAAAAUAUCAGAUUUUUAUCAUGUUUCCAUACGAUUGUUUUCGAGGGAGUUUGCUUGUAAAGCUUUUUGAUAUAAGUGUGAAUACGAUUAAACCUUAUCUAACUGUAUGGUUGAUAAUCAUUUUUGAAACAACAGGGACUAUUUCGUAUCGCCAAGCCUUCAAUUUAUUUUUACAGUUCUUGAAAAGUCAAAGCCAUUAAUUUCAAUAUUUAAAGAACUGCUGCGAAUGCAAAUAAUUUCUAGAAGAUCGGGAUUAUACAAACACCAUUUUCCUAUUUAAACCAUAAUUAUGUGAUCAGGCAACAUAGAGUCUUUUCAAUGCCAGUAUACCUAAUACUAGCUAUCUUGUAUCAUUACUGUGCUUGCUAUCAGUCUUGUAUUGUCAGGUAACAUGGUAAGUGUCUGUGCAUUUAAUUAAAAUCACUCAUACUGGUUGUAAAUGAAUUGUGUAUUAUUCCUGUAAUGUAUAAUGGCAUUAUUUUGAUUACAACCAUCAAGAUGAAAGCCUAAUAAAAUAUUCCACCUUAACA